UCGCGGGACAGCCAGAGAGUCACACGCGCGCGGCGGUGCGGUACGGUAGGGGAGCAGCGGAGGUGCCCGGAUGUCGGAGGGACUCGGCGGCGCGAGCUGAGUGGAGCGCAGGUGCCCGGAGCGCGAGCAGGCCUGGUGUGGAGAUAAGAUUGGCAUCCUUUUACCGAUUAAAUUUAUAUGUACAUUAAAAGGAAUUCUGAAAGAAAUUGAUAUUUCCAGGCUGAUCUACAGUUCUCAUGGAUGGAGAAGAAUUGCUUAAGGUUGAACUGCAAACAGCCGACACACACUGCAGUGAGUGUGUGGCCAACUCCACCUCUCUAACUUCAGAUGAAAAUAAAAAUCAGAUUUGUGAAGCACGGCUAGUGUCAUCAUCCAGUGAUGAAAUUAUAGGAGGCAAUGAGCAGGAUUUACUCAAUAAUAAUGAAGAAGACAGUGAUCGGACUGGCCCUGAGAUUAAACAAAAUGACUGCAUAGGUGCAGAUGGUCAUGUUAAUAUCGAGGCUUCAAACAGCAUCACUAUCCCAAAUAACGAACCAUCAGUGGAGAAGGAGAUGGUCUGCAAUUCGAAUGUACAUAGCAUAUUGAAGGCCAUCCCUUCAGAUUUUAUUCCUUUGUCAGAUGGUUUUUUCAAAGCACAAAGCACUGAUACCUGCAAGGGCAGUGAUGAGUUGGGAGAAAGGUGUCAACAGGAUGACAGAGAGGGACGUCUCCAGGAUCUACUCAACUGUAUCCAGAAAGCUAUAGAAUCAAAUGAUUGCGGCAUUCUGCCACACCUUCUUCAUCAGAUUGCUGAAAUCUAUUUUGAUGAAGAAGAAUAUGAGAAAGCGGUACAAUUUAUUCAACUGGAAAAAGUGUAUCAUCAAAAGUUGCUAGCAAAUCUUACUGCCAUUCAGGAAUGCUGGGAAAUAAAACAGAAGUCUGCAAUGACCAGGGAGACUUCAGCAGGGAAGGCUAUUACAUCAUUAGACACUGAUAGAAUAAAGAAACUUACGGAACUAUGUUCAUCGCACUGUCGGCCAAAUAUACCAGGCGGCAAAUUUUCAGUAUCAGCAGAGUGCUUCUACAAAAAUGAAUGUCAUUUCACUUCAAAGGAACAAGAUGCUUGCAAGAAAAUUACUGCAGAACACAACUCAAGUUUUACAGACCAACUUCUUGGUACAGAAGUGCAAACUGCAAAAUAUGAUUAUGCAUUAUUGGAAAUGAUGGAAGACGGGAAAGAAGAGUCCACUGUACCUUUACAGGCUACAGUGCUGGUUGGCAAAUCCUGUUUAAGUGAGCCUGCAAUGUAUGCUGCUGAAACAUCACCAGAGGAGCAAAUAGAAGCUGGAAGGGCAAAAUCCAGGAUACAUUCUGAUGUUGAGACAGAACACUUGCAUUCUGAAAACAUCAAAACAGAUGAAAUCUGCCUUCAGCCACAGGCCACAACACCUUGCAAGGAUGUACCAAGUGCUACAAAAGCAAUUGAGACAGAGUGUGAGACGCAGGUUGUUACAAAUGCUGCUCUAUUUCAUCAUGAGGAUAUAGAUAACCUACAAGACAAUUUAACACUUGCUGGCAAAACUACUGAAGAGAGUGAGGAGAUUAAUUUGAAGUGCAGCAAAACUGUACAAUUCAUUACAAAUGGUGAAACGAUGCCAAAACAUAGCAAUUAUGUAUUGCAAAACCAUGUUAGAAGUAAUUCCAGUGAUUGCGUGCAUGAAGACUCAUGGAAUCUACAGAAUAUAAGUGACUCAGAAGGAACUAUGGAGGCAGAUGGGCGAACAGCAAAACAAAACUAUGCAGGUGUAUUGAGUGAAAUGAAUAAAAGUUAUCAACAGAUGGGUUCAGAAGUGGAGCAGGAAAUUCAGAGCCGUGUGGAGUUUAGUGAGUGUCAGAUAUCACGUGAAGAUGUAGAGAAGCAAGGUGAUGAAAACAUGGAAGGACUUUCCAGCUUUGAACACAACAUCUCAUCCAGUCAGAGGAAUGGCACUGAAGAGUUACUGCAAUUCAAUGACAAUUCGCUUUCCUUGGAUGAACUUGCAAAAAGGAUUCAAAUAGAAGAGAGCAGCCAUCCAGAAGGCCUGGUGUCCAUACUGAAAAAAAGAUCAGGCAAAGAAGUCACACAGGCACAACAAAAACAGUCAAAGAGAAGAGUAAGAUUUCAGGACCCUCAAGAUGCACUUGAUCAGGAUGAAGUAAAUGGAGAUUCCUGCCUUCUCUUAAUCCUGCUGUGCAUUUUCACAGUACUUCUGAGCGUCCUAGGAACUGCACUUUAUUGCACAUUUGGUGAUCUGGAGUCCACUGUGUGCAGAGACUUUACAUCACAAAUGGACUUCUACUUAACCCAGUUUCAACAAGGCUUUGCGAAGGUUAAGCACUGGUUGUUGUUUUCUUAAAUGACGGUAUAUGCACGCACAUUGAAAUCAUGGUGUAAAUAGAAAUUCAGAUGGACCACAAUGAGCAGUUAAUCAUCUUGAUGCUUGUGCUGCAGUGCAGUAACGACUGUGGAAUGUCAGAACACAGGAACUUAAAUACUGAAGCUUCAGACCUCAACAAAACUAUUUAUAGCUUAAAAUUAUUACCGUUAGUAGCUUGAAACACAAAGACUGAAUAUUCAAUUUGGUCAGUAAUGUUUGAAAACUGUGUGAAUAGUAGAGUUGUCAAUCAUUUUCAGAAGAAAUUAGUUUUAUAUAAUUUGCCACUUUGGGUACUCUGCACUUAAAGGAUGUAAUAAUUUGGAUUCAUAAUGGUUCUUGUGUCAUGAUUUGUGUGUGUAUUUUUUAAACAGUUGAUAAUUUUGCAUUUGAUUUUACUCGUCGAUUUAUCUGGCUCUUUAAAAAUCAUAUCUGUAGGUUUUGAUUUCAGAACUAAUUUAGACCAUAAGACAUAGGAGCAGAAUUAGGCCAAUUGGCCCAUCGAGUCUGCUCUGCCAUUCAAUUGUGGCUGAUCCUUUUCUCCCCCUCCUCAACUCCUGAGAUUUUUAGAUUAAAAUCUAAAUUUUAAUUUAGAUUACUUUACAUGUUUGCUUUUCUAUUAUAACUUUUUCUACAGCCCUCAGAUUAUUAUUGAUUACUGUUGUCUGUUAAUCUUGUCUCCAUUUUAUUUCCUCUUGCAUCUUUCAAACAAAAUGCAGUCGCACAAAUGAAUUUUUGAGAAGAUCGUUAUUUAAUGUUUAAUGGACAUAUUGUUUAUCAGAUAAUCUUGUCACAGAAAGUAUUCAUUGAACAUUGGUGAAUCGUUUUCUAUUACUUGCAAUUUUCAUUUGCUGUUGUUAUUCGGACAAUAAUUGUCAGUUUGAAUGAGCAAGUUAUAACUUGAUUUAGCAGCCUGGGAACUCCUUCAUCCGUAUGUUUGUUAAAUUCACUUGCACUUUCUUUCAUUUUAAACAAUGGCAAAAUAGUUUAAAAUUUCUAGUGCUAAUGUUCUGCUUUGUGAUGCUUUCAGAUUUGUUUUCUCUAUUAUAGAAGGUACAGUAAAAGAUUCAAGACAUUGCUUUGUGACCUGCUGUCACUGAAAUGAUAUAGGUUUAUGUUUCAUUGUCAAAAUGGUAAAUUUCUAGGCUCAGCAAUGCUGGGAGAAAAGGGAUAAGCAAAUGAUGAAGAAUCUCUAAAGGCUUAUUUCAUCUAAAGUCAGAAACUUGGUCAAAUUAAUCCUGGAUGUGUGCUUAUAUCCUUUAGAGCAGCAUUGCUGAUGUCUGUAAUUAAUGUGUAAAUCUGUCAAUGUACCAGCUUCACUGAAUCCUCAUAGUUGUGCCUGUUGAACAUCUGUUAGUUCUCCAGCAUAAAACACCCCUUACUGGGACAGCAGUUUGCUAGAAUCCCUCAUCCUGGGCAAAAGAUUGAUCAGCUUUGUGAGUUUUUCUUUCACCACAUGACUUCAUACAUCUUCUUGGUGAAGAUCCUUCCUCUCCCAGGGAUGAGGUCUUUGGAGCUUCUGUUCAUAUUUCUGUAGCUCUGGGUUUUUAACAGGAUGGGUUUGCUGUCCUCCUUUCGCAGCUGGGCUUGGGACUGUCCAUGCCAGAGUUAAAACAUUCUUCAGGUUAGUAUAUUCUGACUACUUUGGGUUAGUAUGUUGAGGUUAACUUGAUUUCUGUUUAAUACAGGGACAUUUUCCUUGCUAGUAUCUAGUCACAGAAGUCUGCUCAGACUUCCACUUCCGCUGCCGAUGUAUGUCUGCAGAGUAAGCAUUGAGAUUAUGCUGCUUGGUUUUUAAGUUGGAUAUCUUUGAAUAAUCUUGGCAGGAAGAGGUUUAAAAAGUUACUUAAUUAUUGCUGCAAUAUGAGGAGAAUACAAUGUAUUGCCGACUCAGUAGAAUUUGGUUUGCAUCACAAAGCACAAUAUUAUUAAUGCAUGCACUAUCAUUGUAAAUUUUUAUCAUUACUGAAUUUAUGUGAAAUGUUGAUCUUGUAUAUGGAGAAACCCAUAGAAUUAGUUUAUAAAUUAUAAAAACUGGGAAAUACAUUUUGGCAAAAAAAAUAAGAGCUGGUCUCUUAUCAGAUGCAUGCAUGCACUGUCCACCAAUGCUUGCAGCAGAUAGUGUACAAUUAUUCACUGCAUAGCACUUUAAGUCCUGCUUCCUUUGCAUAUUUCUAUGUUCUAUUUUGAUAGCACCUGCAAAUAAUUGUUUUGUUUAUAACUAUCAAUUACACAGUGCUAGAUAUUCACAAUAGGUUUGCCGGUACUAAAAGAAGAAUGGUAAAGAUUUAAUGUGUGGAAACUGGCUUUGUUGACCUUUUAAGUUUGUUGCUUUUCUCUCCCUUUGUAAAUAUACAUUAUUUUUGCAUUUUCAAGUUGUUACUGGUAGCUAACAGUGAGCAAUCAUGUCUGCCUUCCUAUGAUAUAAUUAUAAUAUUGUAAAAUAGUGGCAGAUUGAAUGAGGAACCAUGUCAGUGAAUUUAUCCUUCAGCGUGAAUGAUUACUUUUAGGAGCUUCAGAAAGGGCCUUAAAUUUUAACAAAGCAACUUUUAACUUGUAUGUCUAUAAAGUUGCUAACUGUAUACAAUAGGAGCAUAUAACGGUGCAUAAUAGGAGGCACUAUAAAUAGCCAUGAAUUACUGGCUGGUUCAGUUCAUGACUAUAGAUUAAAGAUAGAUAACUUAUUUAUUGUAGAUUGUGCUGUAUGUAAAGCAAAUCAUUUAGUUUUAUUUUCCUCCUGUUUUUGUAAAUUUCAGAAAUCUAUGGUUUGAGCUCUGUAAUCUUAGAUUACUACACCUGCAGCUGCAUUCUUAAUCUGUGAAUUGUUAAACACUUGUUCAUUUUGUAUUAUGUGCUAGACAUGUGGGGAUUGUUCACAAGAAAUAUAAAUAUGUCCACAACCACAGUAUGAAGUGUAGUAAUUUUAUCACUGCAUUGAUUUAAAAUGCAAAACUGCAGAGAACAGUAAUUUGAAGGUGAGUUAAUUGUUGUAAAGUGGUUUGCAUGAUUUCAGUCAUUUACCAAUUUGUGAUUUUAAUCUCUUACAAACAGAAAAUAAUGGGGAAAAUACACUUGCUGAUAUUAAAAUCAGUUUAUCUAA